CCCCGCGAGGGCUGCGGGCGGGCCGGGCCCGGCGGGGCGGGCCGGGGCGGCGCUCGGCGCGGCGGGGCGGGCGCGGAGCGCGGCGGCGGCGGGCGGCGGCGGCGGCGGCGAUGGCUUUCGAGGCGCUGGCGGAGGCUGCGGAGCGGUGGUGCGCCCGGACGCCCUUCCAGCUCAUCGCCGCCGAGGAGACGGAGCGGCGCAUGGACUUCUACGCCGAGCCCGGCGUCUCCUUCUACGUGCUCUGCCCGGACGCCGCCUGCGGCGACAAUUUCCACGUGUGGAGUGAAAGUGAGGACUGCUUACCUUUUCUGCAGCUUGCACAGGAUUACAUCUCUUCCUGUGGGAAAAAGACACUCCAUGAAAUACUGGAAAAAGUCUUCAAAUCCUUCAGACCUUUACUUGGGCUUCCAGAUGUUGAUGAUGAUGCAUUUGAAGAGUAUAACGCAGAUGUGGAAGAAGAGGAACCAGAAGCCGAUCACCAACAAAUGGGUGUCAGUCAGCAGUAAUUUUCUGAGAAGCUAAAAAAUUCAGAAUCCUUUGGUACCAUGUGGGGUCAUGUGGUCCCACGUUAGCCUAUUUGAAUUAGCACAUCACGCUGGGAUAACUGGCUCCCAGGAUAAAAGUUUUAAAAAUGGUUGCAAAAAACAAACAAACCUGUGAUGAGCUUUGCUAAGAAGUGACCUGAAUUUUGCUCCUGCUUCAGUGGGGUUUCUAUGGAGUUGUCUUGGUAGCAUUCUGCCAUUAUCAGUUUAGAAGUAGUUUUGUUGCUGACUGUCUCUUUGAUUUGUAUUUGAGAAUAACGUUCACUGGCAUGAAUGUAGAGUACUUUGAAUGUAGGAACUGUUGGGUUAGAGUGCUAAGUACUCACAUGUGACCUUACUGAGGAAAUUAAUGCAGAGAAUAAAUGCAAUCUGCACUUUUCUUUUUAGUUCAACAACUAUGAUUUUUGACACUAUACUACCAGGCAAAGUACUGACCUUGAGAGAUUUCUCAUGAAAAACACUAGUUUUUAAGUGGUCAGUACUGCAGAAGUGCAAAUGGAGGCUUAACAAAAAUAAUGGGAAGUGGGAAAUCCAUGUGAGUGUUUGUGUGAGACGUAUUAAUGUCAUUUUACUAGCACCUAAAUUUACAAGUGCUGGAUUAAUCGCUGGGCAUAAUUAAAGCUCAGGUAUCAACAGUACACAUUAUAAGGAACCUUGGUACUUUGACGCUGUUCGAUCCAAAGCCCAAUGCUAUUUUGGGGCAAAUCGAAUCAAUUAAAAAUCACCAUUGCAUAUCUCACUUCUGCAUGAAAACCAACUUCACUGUUUUUAAUAUGCUGAUAAGUUAUUAUUCAAAUCUUGCAGUAUCCUGAAUUGAAGUGCAACUUAACCUUGAAGCCAUAAAGGUAUAAACCAGCACCUGGCUCUUUAAACUACGCUGGACUUCUUCCUCACUCCGGGCCUCAGUGUAUAUAGUCUUUGAGCUAGUUGGGGCAUUUACGCGUCUUCAGAGGGGAGCUAAAACACUACCCAACCAGAAGGGCAAGACCUGUCUCUUAACACUGAGGCCACUGUGUUGCUUUGGAGAGGUAAAAAGGCCUCACGGGGACUGCAGAGGUAACUCACGACCACUUUACAGCCCCUUUGUACUGCCAGGCUUCAGCCGAUAUAAAAGCUGGUGAAGCAGAGGGUUUCCUUCAGCUGGGACUUGCUCCCCAGAGGGGCUUGAGGGGGUCUUGUAGUGAAGGGGAUUAAGGCCCCUCGUAUUUUAUACCUGUUUUGCAUAGAUUUAAAUGACUGCAAUGAGUGCCACACAGUGAAGAUGCAGGGUCUCUUUAUUUACUUGCCUUUUGUACUGAAGAUGUAAGAAACCAAGGGAUUCUGUUGUAAUGCAGCUAUUUUCCACAAUCAAACAAAAUGUUUCUAAAUUUAUUCAAUUUUUCCAAAUUUUUUAAAAUCGUGAAAUGAAGGUCACAUGCUUCAAAUCCCUUUUAUACAGAAUUAACUUUAUAAAAACAAAAGGUGAAUGAAGAGAAAAUGCUUGGACAACUCCCAGAAACAACUCGCACCAUUUUGAAAACUCCAUUGUUAGCAAUGUCUCCUUCUUAAUGGAUUUUUUUUAAGACAUUUUUUCCAAGUUUAUUUAAGGGAGUAAGUUUUCUUGGUGGUUUACAUUUCUGAUGAUGGCUUGAGAGAUGCAUAGCACUUGAUUUUUUUUCAAGCUGAGGCAAACCAUCCAUAACCAGGAUGGUGUUUGGUAUCUGAGUAUGCACCGAAGUGUCUGCAGCACUGUAAAAGUCUGAGCUUAAGAAUAUUGAAAAAGUAGAAAAGGAUCAGAUCUUAACAAAACUUUGUACAUUCUUUCGGCAUGCAGGCAUAAACAUGAUAGUCGCAACACAUCUAUGGACUAGUGAUGUGAGAACUGUGGCAGUUCAUUGUAUAACACUGUACAGCAGCAAUAGGCUUUUUGCUUACUAAAAUAAAGUGCAAGACCGGUGGUUUCCA